UGUUUCGAAGGUUGAGCUAGAUUGUAAUAGAACGUGGUAAAAUCAAGUUCCCUUUUGAGGCUCAGCCCUAGCAUCGCUUUUGAGACUGUGUACGUCAUGUACAUAUACAUUGUACUGCCUUUAACUCGCCAAACGAUAGCAUAUCGAAAAUUGCUUCGUGGUAUUUCGCGAAAUGGAAGUUGACGUCCCCGAUUUCUCCCCGCCCCGGAUUCUCGUUCUUUCUCUCUCUUUCUUUUUGAGCAUUGUACUCUCGUACAUCAUUUAUCUUUUGUGAUUUUGAGAUAUUUUCAUCCCUGUGUUAUUUUUUUUUUUUUAAGACAAUGCAAUACGUGAGUCGUUCAAGGAAACACAAGUAAAGUAAUGAAAAUACUAAAAUCAUAAUUUUCAUCCGACAGUUCCGCCGGAUAUUUUGGAUUAUCCCACGAGUACAGAUAUGGUCGUAAGAGAAGGCAGCAACGUUUCGUUACGUUGUGAAGCAACAGGGUCACCAACGCCAAAUAUCACCUGGAGAAGAGAAGAUGGAGAAUUGAUUAUUCUCGGGAAGAAUCAAGAAGUGGCCAGCAUUGACGGACCGGUUUUCAAUAUCACAAAAGUGAACAGGUUGCAGAUGGGAGCAUACCUUUGUAUCGCGUCCAAUGGCGUACCGCCAACGGUCAGCAAGAGAAUUAUGCUCGUUGUACAUUUUACUCCAAUGAUUUGGAUCCAGAAUCAAUUAGUGGGCGCUCAAGAAGGCCAGGAAAUGACAUUAGAAUGUCACUCUGAGGCAUUUCCAAAGUCCAUCAAUUAUUGGACGCGAGAGAACAACGUCAUUAUAGCAAACGGAGAGAAGUACGAGCCUUCCUUCUCGGAUAACGUAUACAAAGUACACAUGAAGCUUAUGAUACGUUCAGUCGCGAUGUCUGAUUACGGCAGUUAUAAAUGCAUAUCUAAAAAUUCCCUCGGCGAAACGGAUGGCAGUAUCAAGCUUUAUCAUAUACCAACACCUACCACGGAACCGACAACAACGAGCACAAUACCCGUUCCUACCAUCAUGGAACCAGUGGAGAAUAUUCAGUGGUCGCGACAAAAGCCCGUGCCCAGUUUAGAGCCGAACUCUAAUGAAAUAACCGACGCAUCUUUGUCUACCGUCGUGAGAAGCGAAGAAACACGGCUCCGUAGUAGGCCAAGCCACGAGGAGAGUCACGAGGAAGUCGAGAAUGUCAUCGAUUCUAACGGCCGCAAAAGCAUCGACGACGACAUCGGCCAGCGAAGAAUCGACAAUACGGCGCAGUCGAUGUCGUCUAAAAGCAGCACGUGGCAUUGCGUGACGCGAUCCAGCGCAGCAAUUUGCAUAAUAGUGCUUUCCGCCCUGUCGUAGUCAUCGCGGCGUGGGGAUGAUCGAGUCCUUCCAGCUGCAGCAUAAAAUCUGCAAUCUUUCCUCACCGCACAAGGGAUCAAUUAAUCCAUGAAUUAAGGGAAAGUGAAUAUCGCAACCUCAUCGAAUGAUCCACAUCUAUUAACGACGAAGAAUACCGAAAGAUGAUUAUCAAAGUGGAACUAUGAACUUAUCUUGCCUUCGUCAGACGGGCGACACUCGUCAUUAGAUCUUUAUAAUAAAUUGCGCCACCUCCUCUUCUCUCUCGUCCAGUUUUUUUCGGAUUAUUGCGCAAGAACCCUUAGGUCGGCAAAAACAAGAUCUGCGAAAAAUAUCAAGCGGACAAGAUUGAUUAUUCUAUUUUCGACCAAUCUGAAGAAAUGCAUUUUGAGUGAUUUGUGUGAAAAUUUACCAACGCUGCAUGUAGUUUAAAGAAAAAGUCUCUUGCUAUCGACGUUAAGUUACUUAGCAAUUAGGUUACGGGAUAAACAAACAUAAUUAACGUAAUUCAUGCGAUAAUGUAACUACGUUAACUAUGAUUAUCAACAAAUGUUACUUUCUCUCUCUCUCUUUUUAUUCAUUCAAGUUGAAAUGCGAAUCGUUUGUGUACCUUUAAUUUCUAUCAGAGUUCUCUCUGGCUUUCGUAAGCGAUCGAUGAUAAUUCCAGAUUCUUUUGACGUGUCAGCGAAUUUUCAUUGAAGCCACCGCUAUCGGACGUAUCCUGGGAAUGACGACGGCGUGACGACCAUUUUCCUUAUCUGAUUCCACCCUCACCACCAAAUCCCUCUCUCUCCAAUCUUUCUUCUGUCGGCAGAGAGGCUUUCAAAUCCCGCGCAUCAUUAACAAAAUGAGAUCUCCCAAUUUCCCUCAAAGGCGUUUGCUGAUUUUUUUUUUAUGUGUGGGCGGCUUACCGAAAGAUCUGAUACUCGUAUCUGAAUCGCAAUUAUAUCGCUGCAACAAUAUUUUUCAAAAGAUUUAGAGUUAUCUACGUGUUCUUUUAACGUUGUACAUGUCACGAUAUUUGUUGUAUUUUUGUCCUAUAUAGAUUUCACACAAUUCUGUAAUACCUGAGAAGAUAUUACAUUCAGAUUUGAAACGGGGACGGAAAUUUCUUGUAAGAUAUGUAUUAAAUACUAAUAAUUCUCGCGUUUCCAUCGUAUCGACAAAAUUCGGCCUAUUCAAUUGAUAAAUAACAAUCGCCAGUAAUUUUAGUAAAGUACGCGUAGAAAAUGUAACUGUAAUAUCAAUUGAUAAUUUAAAAAUAAUAAUUGAAAUUUGAUUUCAGUAAUAGUUCGAAAUCUUAGAACAUUGUACGAUCAAUAUUUCCAUCUAUUGAUUUUGCACAAGGUCUCAUUACUCAGAUAAUAUAUUGAAACUAUUCUUUAAGAA